GGUUUGGCGGCGUUGGCGGCGUUUGUGGCGCGACGUUCCCGCCUCUUAGGGGGGAAAAGCAUCUUGAAUGUUUUUUUUUUAUUGAAUAGCUAAUGAUUUUAUGACAGAGUCGAAAUUGACGCUGCUUAUGAUAUUUGAAUAAUUUUCAAGUUACAGCAUUUUGCCUUCCACUAUGUGCGACGCUACGAAACGCACGCUCUAUGUUGGAAACCUGGAUCCAGCUGUCACUGAGGAUCUUGUCAUUGCACUCUUCAGCACCAUAGGUCAAGUGAAGAGCUGCAAAAUUAUUGCUGAGAGCGCCUCCGACCCGUACUGCUUCGUUGAGUUCGGCGACCCGUCCACGGCGGAGAUGGCCAUCAACACGAUGAACAGGCGCAAACUGUUCGACAAGGUGAGUCCAGCUUACCUGCUGCUAGAUCAGGAGUUGAAAGUGAAUUGGGCGACAACACCGGGCGCACAGACGAAGGUCGACACAAGCAAGCAUUUUCACAUAUUCGUCGGCGACCUCAGUCCUGAGAUCGAGACGCACACCCUGCGGGACGCCUUCGCUCCGUUCGGCGAGAUCUCAGACUGUCGAGUGGUCCGUGAUCCUCAGACGCAAAAGUCCAAAGGCUACGGGUUCGUCUCCUUCGUCAAAAAGAUGGAGGCGGAAAACGCGAUCACAGCCAUGAGCGGGCAGUAUCUGGGCAGCAGAAAUAUCCGAACCAACUGGGCCACGCGCAAGCCGCCGGCUCCCAAAAACGACCCCAACGCGAAGCCGCUCAGUUACGAGGAAGUGUUCAACCAGAGCUCGCCGACCAACUUCACUGUCUACUGCGGCGGCGUGACGCUGGGCCUCUCCGAGGAGCUCAUACAGAAGACCUUCAGUCCGUACGGCCUCAUACACGAGAUCCGGGUCUUCAAGGACAAGGGAUACGCCUUCGUCAGGUUCUCCACCAAAGAGUCGGCCACCAACGCCAUCGUCUCUGUGCACAACACCGAGAUCAACGGCCAGCUGGUCAAGUGCUCCUGGGGCAAGGAGUCGGGCGACCCGAACCACGCGCCGGCCGCCGGCGGCCCGGCCGGCUUCGCGCCGCUGCCGGCCGCCGGCGCCCAGUACCCGUACAACGGCUACGGCCAGAUGGGCUACUGGUACCCGCAGGGCUACCCGGCCGCCGCGCAGAUGCAGGGCAUGCAGGGCUACGGCAUCCAGUACGGCUACCAGUACGGCUACCAGCAGGGGAUGGGCAUGCAGGUGCCGUACGCGAUGCCCGGCCAGCCGCACAUGGCCGGCCAGCAGAUGGUGCAGCAGCCGGCGGGCGUGAUGGGCGCCGCCUACCCGGUCCAACAGUUCCAGGUGCUGUAACGAUCCGGCCUGGAUCACGGACCGGUCAGCGCCGCGUUUGCAGUGUGAUAUAUGCGAGCGAGGCGGGGCGCGCGGCCGGCCGGCGCAGUUGGAGCGACAGGAGAGCGCCAGGGAGACCGACCCGCUCAGACCAGCGCGGCCGCCGCCGUCGCCUCCAGCCACCACACACAGCAACACACACACACACAUACACACACACAGACACACACAUACAAACGUCAGACAGCAUUCGAUCCAUGCCAGCGACAUGUUCAUCGAUACAUUACACACAGAGCCCGGCAUGGUUGCAAUAUAUACUAGGAUAAGCAGAGAUGUACACGUCCACGCACACGCAGGCAUGCGAAGACAUGAUCGACGACUGCGGGAUUCAGACGACGGCUUACGCGACCUUCUGACAUUCCAUCGGGAAGACAAUCGGGCUCAAGUUUCUGUUUUCAAGCGGAGACUGCUGACUCGUUACUGGCCAGAGGCGCGUUACUGGGGCAUUAUUUUUGCGCGGCCUGAGUUGACGGGUGGGCCGUUCCCGGCGGCCCGCGACGAUCCGUGGUCGCCCCGGACGGGACGGCCGCCGGCCGGGGCCUCUAUUUUGCUAAGUCUGUGUGGUGGGUACCGAGCGGCGACUCCGAGCCGCGCGGCUGCAUGUCGAUGUGUGUACAAACAAAGCCCCCGCCAGGUGGUGAUGCCGUGUCCUAGGCGUAAGCAGAGAGACCUAGUGUAGUGCCAGGCGCCGGGCGUGGCGUAGCUUAGGUUAAGUAGCCGUUAAGUUACCGUGUGUCCCACACAUAGCGCUAAGAGAGUCGUGUUCUGUGUUCGAGCCGUGCUAGAGGCUAGCCGUUGGUGUUACCGUGUGCUGCGCCGGCGGGCCGGCACCUGUGCCGUUUGCUCAGCGCGCAGAGAGCGGCAGCGCCUGCGCCGCGUGUGCCCGUGUGCGGCGCUCUGGCGGCCCGUGGCUGGAGGUACUGCCGGUGUGUGUGCGCGCGUGUAUGUGCGGGUUUUCGCGGGGUGCGCGGCCGCCACCCCCUCGCUGCGAUGGUGCUGCUUUGUUGGUAGGGUGCGCGGUCGCCGUGGGCCCCUCGCUCGACGCCGUUACGGUGAGAGGUGGGUGUUCGUGGUCGCCGCACGGGCCCGUCCGGUGGGCGGCGCCGGGAGGAAUAGAUGCUGUAGCUACUAGGGGCAGCGCGCCUGCCAGGUCUCAGCAGCGUGUUGAGUUGACGUUUACCGACCUCCCGCCGACUCAGGUGCGGACUGUUUGGACAUUUGUUACCAGGAAACUGAACAUGCCGCCUGAUGCCAAAUACGUAAAAUUAUCUUGCAUGGUUAGAUCAGCACGGAGGCAAAUACGAGAGAUAUGCACUGUUACAGAGAGAUUAGCGCGGCGUCACUGUGCGGUGUUGGUAUAUGUGAUGAUGUAGCGAACGUUGUUGACACCAGAGGGAUAUACAUAUGCGCGGCGUUGGCUUAUCACCACAUGGGAAUCGAAGGAAACCGCGUCUUUCUGCUCCGGAACUCGCGUCUACGGCGGCAUCUAUGCAGUCUGUGUCCUGCCUCGAGGCUACCGAUAGCCUCUGACCUGCCAGCAGCGCGCCGCCUCUUCCGUUGGGCGUCCCCGUCGGGCCGGUACCGCCUGUCCUCGGUUCGAAAUUGCGCGGCGCCGCACCCUCGGCUGGCCGCCGCUGCCGUCGCCGCCGUGGUUUUGUACCGUUCAGUUUUGAUACCAGUGCCCUGCGGGCGGACGGGAGAGCUGCCGACUGGGUGUCCCCGGCAGACGGUGGCCGCUGCUGUGUCGGUGUGUGUGUGUGUUUGUGUGUGAUGGGGUGGGUGUGCGCCUGUGUACAUGCGCGUGCAUUUGUUGCGUGUCGUGCGUCGCGAUCGGACCCGGUCGGACGACCCAGCCACGAGGGCUGCCCGGCCAGCGCGCCAGGUCUGCCGACGUGUCCCCCUGGAGGCGCCAGGUCGCCGGCGCCGCCUCCCAGAAGAAAAAAACAGUGGUUUGUAUAAUAUGCAAGUGUACAUAGACUGUAGUGACUACCUACGAUACGGAGGUGAGAAUAAAGCGGGGAAAACCA